GGAACAGUUCAGGCGAGUUCUUGUCAGAUUUUUUCAAUACAGGAGUGUGUUAGGUUCUUCUGUGUACAUUUUAUGUUUCUUCGCUCGUGGCAAAUAUCAAUUUUCCCGAGACACAAACUACUCUCUCUGUCUUUCUCAUUUUUUGGGCCACAAAAGCGACUUUAUCAAACAAUUUCAUUCAAAGUCAUUUUUGAGAGAAUUUGAUCUCUUUUGACUCAACCCAUCUUCUCAAAUUCCCUCGGAAAUGUCGGACUCCGAAGCAAAGAAGCCUCACAUCUCUCUAUCUUCAUCCUCAAGAAAUCUUCUUCCUGAUUACAAGCAAUCAGUGAAGUUGAAAUACGUAAAGCUUGGAUACCAUUACCUCAUAGCUCAUGGAAUGUACUUAUUCCUAACGCCUCUUCUCAUCACAAUUACCACUCAACUCUCCACAUUAUCACUUGAAGAUUUCCAAAACCUUUUUGACCAUCUCAGAGACAACUUCAUCUCCGUAGUCCUCUUCUCCAUGCUUGCAGUCUUCUUGUCUACCCUUUACUUCCUCACCCGUCCCCGCCCCGUUUACCUCGUGGAUUUUGCGUGUUACAAGCCCGAGGAUGCCAGGAAAUGCCCGAGGCAGAUUUUCAUGGAUCGUUCACGUUCUAUAGGCACUUUCACCGAGGAAAACGUCGAGUUUCAGCGCAAAGUUCUCGAGAGGUCGGGGCUCGGGGAGUCGACGUACCUCCCCGAAGCCGUCCUUAGAGUUCCUCCAAAUCCAUGCUUGGCGGAGGCAAGGAAAGAAGCCGAGAUGGUGAUGUUUGGCGCCCUUGAUCAGCUAUUCGAGAAGACUGGUGUGAGACCGAAAGAAAUUGGGAUUUUGAUUGUGAAUUGUAGCUUAUUCAAUCCAACACCUUCAUUGUCUUCUAUGGUUGUCAAUCAUUACAAGCUUAGAGGAAAUGUACUCAGCUAUAAUCUUGGUGCGAUGGGUUGUAGUGCCGGUUUGAUCUCCAUUGAUCUUGCUAAACACCUUCUUCAAGUCCACCCCAAUUCCUAUGCUUUGGUUAUCAGCAUGGAAAACAUCACUCUGAAUUGGUACUUUGGCAAUGACAGAUCAAUGCUUGUCCCGAAUUGCUUGUUUAGAAUGGGAGGCGCCGCGAUUUUGCUCUCCAACAAGUGGUUUGACAAACGGCGAUCCAAGUACCAAUUAGUCCAUACCAUCCGAACACACAAGGGCACCGAUGACAAGUCCUACUCUUGCGUUUUCCAAAGAGAGGACAGUGAAGGGAAGAUUGGAGUUUCCUUGUCUAAAGAUCUCAUGGUAGUCGCCGGGGACGCCUUGAAGACCAACAUCACAACUCUUGGCCCACUCGUGCUGCCAAUGUCCGAGCAGCUUCUCUUCUUCGCCGCCCUCAUUGCGAAAAAGCUGUUCAAGAUGAAGCUGAAGCCUUACAUCCCGGAUUUCAAGCUGGCUUUCGAGCAUUUCUGUAUUCACGCAGGGGGAAGAGCGGUGCUGGAUGAAUUGGAGAAGAAUCUGCAGCUUUCGGAUUGGCAUAUGGAGCCUUCGAGAAUGACACUUCACAGGUUUGGCAAUACUUCUAGCAGUUCUUUAUGGUAUGAAUUAGCUUAUACAGAAGCAAAAGGAAGGAUAAGGAAGGGUGACAGGACAUGGCAGAUUGCAUUUGGUGCUGGAUUUAAAUGCAACACUGCGGUUUGGAAGGCGCUAAGGACCGUCAACCCGGAUGAGGAGAAGAACCCAUGGAUGGAUGAGAUCCACCUAUUCCCAGUUGAGGUUCCAAAGAUUUCAGCACUUAAAGGUUAAGAAAGAGAAGUUUCUCAUUUGUUUGGAAAUAUGACUGAAAUUGCCCUGUUAAACUGCUCUUUUACUCCUUGUGUGCUAGUGCUCUUCUGUUUGUCCCUCUUCUUUUCCUUGUCUGCUA